ACGAAACCCCCCGUCUGCCAUGCGGUUGGCAUCUAAAAGGGUUGAUCUUCUUCCGUGUGCACUGAUAUGUAACUAACGACUCUUGCUCUCCCGUCGUGAGUCUCGACCCUCGAGUCCUAUGCAGACAUCCUGUACAGAGAAAGGAGUCGUUAUUGUACAAAUACGAGAUACAAGGCCCUCUUCAACGUUUGCCAUGUCCCACCAGGGAGGGUAUCACUACCAUGCAGCUCGAUGAGGAAAGCGGAACGCUUUCCCCUCUUCCUGAGGUCCUAUCCCAUGGUUUGGUGGCUGUCUCGUUCUUCGCCUUCCUCUCCUUCUUCUGUUCGACGUCGCUCCUUUUCUAUCUGACAUGGCGGAUGAUAUCAUGGAAGCGGAAAUCUGGAAGCGGAGUACAGAUGAACCAGUUCCUGUUCCUCGUCUACAAUCUCUUGUUCGCCGACAUCCAGCAAUCAAUCGCUUUCCUGCUCAACGCCAGCGCCUUGAGCAAGCAUGCCAUCGUGGUGGAAUCCCCUACUUGUUUCGCCCAAGGCUGGUUUGUCUCCACCGGUGACCUCUCAAGCAGCGUGUUCAUCUGCGCAAUCGCUAUCCACACUUUUAUGAGCGUGGUGAAGGAAUAUAGGCUCCCGGAGGGCCUCUUCUACGGGUGGAUCGGCAGUCUCUGGGCAUUCAUAUACCUCAUGGCGAUACUCGGGCCUGCAAUGCACGGCCGCGACUUUUAUGUCCGCGCCAGCGCCUGGUGCUGGAUCAAUGAUGCCUAUCUAAAAGAGCGUCUCUGGCUGCACUACUUCUGGAUCUUCAUCUGCAUCGUCAGCACCCUGCUCAUCUACGCUGUCAUCUUCAUCACACUCCGCGCGCGCGCCCACACAUCGAAACUCGGCACCUCCAUCCACCGGGCGACGCCGAUGAUGGUCAUGUACCCGCUGAUCUAUGUGGUUUGCACGAUGCCCCUAGCUGCGGGACGAGUGUAUGCGCUGGCAGGCCACACCGUCACGCUGAGAUACUUCUGCGUGGCCGGGGCGAUGAUUGCGUGCAACGGAUGGUUGGAUGUGCUCCUGUACGCGGGGACGCGGGCGAGUAUCGUGUUCAGCGAGGAGCCGCCGAGUGAAGAGACGGGCCUGGAGACAUUUGCGUUCCUGGGGAAGGGGCACGGGAUGGGGACGGUAACGACGAUUGAGGCGGGGGGAUCGACGGGGCGGCGGCUGGGGUUGCGGGGACGGUCCCGGGAGUCAGACAGCGUCGAGCAGCUGUACGGGCUGGAUCAGAUCGAGAUCAAGGGCGAGGUCUCGGUCAAGGUGGAUGUGAAGGAGUCCCACGGGCUCGUGGCGGAACAUGGGGCGAGUCGGAGCUGGGAUGCGACCACGGGGCAGAGUAGGUUGCAGGAGGUGUAGAGUAGAGCUGUAAAUAUACCUAGCGGGAGUAGAGUACGGGGUAAGUAGAAGCGGGAUUUGGGAGCGGGAUGGCGCUCAGACUACACGGGGCAUGUAGAUUAUAAGACAAG